AUGAUGAACUUAAUUAUACAAGAGAAACACAUAAUGAUGAAAACCUACCAAAGGGAAAGCCAUAUAAACCAAAACAACAUUAAGCAAUACCUAACCGAGGAAGAAAUGGAUCAGCUGUUAAGCAACGAAGAAAUAAGAUGUAAAGCGUAUGAGACUAAAACGAAACAAUUGUUGAGAGAGAAAUUUGACAAACUGAAAGAGAAAAACAACAAUAACACUAACAUCAUAUACAAUAACAACUGGUUCUCCAACCAGACAAACAUCGAAAUACCAGAAUAUGCAAAAUUGGCGCUCUCAUUAGGCCCAAAAUUCGCACUACCAUUUAAGCAGCAAGAUUUUCCAAUAUUCAACAUAAUAGCUGACAGUGAGGACUGCAUACAGACAAUUAAAAAAAAAGAAGAGCAAGAAAUCGCGAGAACAAGAGUGGCCAUCAUACUUGACAAUGAAAUAAACAAAAGACCGUGGGACAAAACUGAAAAAUUCAUAACAAGGACAGUGGAGCGAACUCAAAAAUUUUUGAACCAAAAUAAAAAUAUAUUAAUUUUGGAUGCGGACAAAGGAAAUGUCACUGUAGCGAUGGACGAAGAGGAUUACGACAAGAAAAUGAAAAACAUCGUUAAUGAUAUGAUGACAUAUAAAAGAACAUUGAAGGAUCCAACGGCAACACUACUAAAAAAAUCCAACGAUAUCAUAGACAAAAUGGCGACACAGAACAUCAUCAACAAUAGCGAAAAGUACAAAUUGAAAUCAACAACUGCAAGAGCCCCCCGCAUUUAUGGACUACCGAAAGUCCACAAACAGGAUACACCACUAAGACCUAUCUGCUCAAAUAUAGACGCACCUGCCAAUAAGUUAUGCAAAUUCCUGGCAAACACGCUAAAAAAACUUACAGAAAAAUCUGUAUACAACGUUAAAGACUCCAUAGUUUUCAGAAAUAAAAUAUCAGACACACCAAUAUACGACGACGAGAUAAUGAUAUCCUUCGAUGUAGUCUCUCUGUUUCCAAGCGUACCUGUGGACUACGCUCUCAGGAUCAUCGAACAUAAAUGGGACGAUAUAGAAGAAUCUACCAAAUGGAAGAAGGAAUUUUUCAUAAACAGCCUGAAAUUUUGCAUAAAGGACACCCGUUACUUCAAAUAUAAGGAUCGAGUCUACACGCAACAAAAAGGACUACCUAUGGGAUCGCCACUUUCACCAAUAAUUGCAGACAUAAUGAUGGAGGACCUACUGGACGAAUGUAUGAAAAAAUUGACAACCAAACCUAGGCUAAUAACCAAAUAUGUUGACGAUAUAUUUGCCAUCAUCAAAAAGGACCAGGUGGACGUAACACUAGAAGCAUUGAACAGCUAUCACAAAAAUAUUAAAUUCACGAAGGAAGAAGAACAUGAAAACCGAUUACCGUACUUAGAUGCUCAACUCACAAGGACUAACAAC